CACUACUAAUUCAUCAUCUUCUUCUUCUCUACAAAUAUUAGGGUUUGAAAAGUUUUAACAUCAAAGUUAGAACUCUCCCAAUUACUCCGGUCUAUAUUGCCAUGUCUUCCUCCAUGAAGGGUUCCGAUCGGAAUCAAAUCAAGAAAUCGUUGAGGAAGUUGAAAAAGCAGAUUGGGGAAUUGGAGAAACUUGAAUCUCCUCCGGAUCGGUUGAACAAGGGCAAGCCUGUCUUCAUCAAGCGCAAUAUAUACUUGAAGAAGAAAUUCAAGAAGAGAGUUAAAGAUCAUGGCAUUUUCUGUUCUUGCUCCUUGGAUCCUGGCUCUUCAACUAUUUGUGGCAGUGAUUGCAACUGUGGGAUUCUACUCUCAAGCUGUUCUUCUAGUUGCAAAUGCAGUAGUGAAUGCACCAACAAGCCGUUUCAACAACGACAUAUCAAGAAGAUGAAGUUAGUUCAGACAGAGAAAUGUGGAUAUGGGAUUGUAGCAGAUGAAGAUAUCAAAUCAGGAGAGUUUAUCAUUGAAUAUGUUGGGGAAGUUAUUGACGAAAAGACUUGUGGAGAAAGGCUUUGGAAGCUGAAUCAUAAGGUCGAGACAAAUUUCUAUUUGUGUCAGAUUAACUGGAACAUGGUGAUUGAUGCUACUCAUAAGGGUAAUAAAUCAAGAUACAUCAAUCACAGCUGCAACCCUAAUACAGAGAUGCAGAAAUGGAUAAUUGAUGGAGAGACAAGAAUCGGCAUAUUUGCUACCCGUUUCAUUAACAAAGGCGAGCAGUUGACAUACGAUUACCAGUUUGUUCAGUUUGGUGCAGAUCAAGAUUGCUACUGUGGUGCAGUGUGUUGCAGAAAAAAGCUAGGUGCAAAACCUAGCAAAACUAAGAAGACAACCUUGGAAGAAGCUGUGAAACCAGUGGCAUGUAAAUUGACCUGGAAAACGCCCAAGGACAAGCUUGGAACAACCAUACAUAGCCAGAGGAAAAUAUGUUGCCGGGACUGCAUUGGUGCGGUGAUCUGGUUAGCACGUCCCAUGAACCAGAAGUGUUUUGGAAUUAUUACACAAUAUUAUGAGUUUUCAAGAAAGCACUUGGUCAUGUAUGAGGAUGGUGUUACCGAGAUUAUCGACAUGUGCAGAGAAGUUUGGAUGAUUAAUGUGGUUGAUAAGAUCAAAUCCGUGACGGAGCAAGGCCAAACAGCUUUCUCCUUCGAGUUUUUCCCACCCAAGACAGAGGAUGGCGUCGAGAAUCUCUUUGAACGAAUGGAUCGAUUGGUCUCUUACGGACCUACCUUCUGCGAUAUCACUUGGGGUGCCGGAGGAUCCACCGCUGAUCUCACUCUCGAGAUCGCUUCUAGGAUGCAGAAUGUUAUCUGCGUUGAGACUAUGAUGCAUCUCACUUGUACCAACAUGCCGAUUGAGAAGAUUGACCACGCGCUUGAGACGAUUAGAUCUAAUGGAAUUCAGAAUGUGCUUGCGCUUAGAGGAGAUCCGCCUCAUGGACAAGAUAAAUUUGUUCAGGUUGAAGGAGGAUUUGCUUGUGCUUUGGAUCUGGUGAAUCACAUUCGAAGCAAGUAUGGUGAUUACUUUGGAAUCACUGUUGCUGGUUAUCCUGAGGCUCAUCCGGAUGUUAUUGAAGCUGAUGGACUUGCUACUCCUGAAUCUUAUCAGAGUGAUCUUGCUUACCUGAAGAAAAAGGUUGAUGCUGGAGCAGAUUUGAUUGUGACUCAGCUUUUCUAUGAUACUGAUAUAUUCCUCAAAUUUGUGAAUGAUUGUCGGCAAAUUGGGAUAAAUUGUCCCAUUGUCCCUGGAAUUAUGCCCAUUUCCAACUACAAGGGGUUCUUGCGUAUGGCUGGUUUCUGCAAGACCAAGAUACCUGCUGAGCUCACUGCUGCCUUAGAGCCUAUUAAGGAUAAUGAUGAGGCUGUCAAAGCCUAUGGUAUUCACUUUGCAACAGAAAUGUGCAAAAAGAUUUUGGCCCAUGGAAUUACUACCCUUCAUCUCUACACAUUGAACGUGGACAAAUCAGCUAUUGGGAUAUUAAUGAACCUUGGUUUGAUUGAUGAGUCAAAAAUUUCUCGUUCUCUACCUUGGAGACGCCCUGCAAACGUUUUCCGUACUAAGGAAGAUGUUCGCCCAAUUUUCUGGGCAAAUCGUCCAAAGAGCUAUAUAUCUAGAACAAAGGGCUGGAAUGACUUCCCACAUGGACGUUGGGGUGAUACACGCAGUGCAUCAUACAGUACACUUUCAGAUUACCAGUUCACACGCCCAAAAGCACGUGACAAGAAGCUUCAGCAAGAAUGGGUUGUCCCAUUGAAAAGCAUUGAAGAUGUUCAAGAGAAAUUCAAAGAGCUCUGCAUUGGAAACUUGAAAAGCAGUCCAUGGUCUGAAUUAGAUGGACUUCAGCCAGAGACAAAGAUCAUAAACGAGCAACUCGGGAAAAUCAACUCCAACGGUUUCCUGACCAUCAAUAGCCAACCAUCAGUCAAUGCAGCCAAAUCCGAUUCCCCUGCUAUUGGAUGGGGUGGUCCUGGUGGUUACGUCUACCAGAAAGCCUAUCUGGAGUUCUUCUGUUCAAAGGAUAAGUUAGACACACUUGUGGAGAAAUCCAAAGCUUUUCCUCUUAUCACCUACAUGGCCGUGAACAAAGCAGAGAAUUGGGUAUCAAACACCGAUGAGUCCGAUGUGAAUGCAGUUACUUGGGGAGUGUUCCCAGCUAAGGAGGUUAUUCAACCGACGAUCGUGGAUCCAGCCAGUUUCAAAGUCUGGAAAGACGAGGCGUUUGAGAUUUGGUCAAGAAGCUGGGCUAACUUGUACCCAGAAGAUGACCCUUCUAGAAAGUUGCUCGAGGAGGUGAAGAACAGCUACUAUUUGGUAAGCUUAGUGGACAAUGAUUACAUCAAUGGUGAUAUCUUCUCUGUCUUUGCUUGAUCUCUGAGAAAACCAACGGCGAAGAGGAAACAACAUUCGAUUUCGCAAUUUGUUUGUACCUUUUAAAGUUAUUUUUGAUUCGUAAUAACCUUAUUUUGAGGAA